AGGAUACAGGAAAUACGGUAAACGCGAAACCGGGAGGAAGCUCUGUGCCUGGAAGGGACCCGCCGCCAUCUCAGGUCUCGGCCUCGCAGGGCCCACCAGAGAGAGCUGACGCCCAGUAUUAUAAUCCUUAUGGGGGACCAACCUUGCGCCUCCGGGACAUCCACGCUCCCACCUGGAAAUACGCGGGAAACCAGGCCUCCAAAAAAGCGCUGUCUCCUAGCUCCACGGUGGGAUUAUCCUGAAGGAACCCCCAACGGAGGUAGUAACCCUCUCCCCUCCGCACCCUCUCCUGCAUCACCCGGCCUGAAAUCGCACCCUCCUCCUCCGGAGAAGUAGUAGAAUAUACUUCUCCCACCCCAAACCAGUCUCUGAGGGAUUGCAGAAUGACUUCAUUUCCUUGGUGCAUUCAUAAAAUGCUUCAUCUAGUGAAGAAAAUGAAGAUUAUUGACACUGCUGCCCUGCUUUUUUCUGAUGUCCUGCACCAGUCUUAUGGUAUAAUCAGCAUAAUUUCACCUCCUGAAUUUGGAUGAAUUCUGGGAUAUAAUCAAGAUCAGGCUGUAGACGUCUAAGAUUGAAGACCAUGGCCUGGAUUAUGGUGACUCACGAUGGCAAAUAAGCCCUGUAAGAUGGUCCUGCAGCAGGCAAUCAAUGCUAUCUUUUGUGAUACCUAGUCCUUGCUGUGUAACUUUGAAUUCCUAUAAAUCCAUUAAGGUACCAAUAAAUUUUGUUUCUCGUUGUUCUGUUAGUUCUGUAUGACUACUAUCUAGUAAAUUGUAAGUUUUUAGUAAAUGUUUUAUAAUAAUUACAAAUACAAAAUAUUACUAAACUUGUUGUCAAAAUAUAACUUUUUCCCCCUACAGAUGACCAUCUACUCAUUUCUUGUAGGGUAAAAACACCAGGGAAAUGUGUAAGGGAUAUGAAGUUUAAAAUAAUUAAUUUUCCAGGAUAUUCUCCUCACUUUACUGUCAAUAUUUCUAUUCUAUCUAUCUAUUCUAUGGUAUUUCUUAUUCUUCUACAUGUUAAGUGUUUUCCUUGUUAAAAUGGUUGAUGUGCUUGCUUUUUGUAAUAUUCUACUUUACUUCUGAAAUGCUCUAUAUUAAAAAAAAAUAGGGCAUCUCAGUUGGAAGCAUUUAUGAAAGCUACAACUUCCAGAGAAGAUGGUGGAGUAGGAGGAUCCUAGACUUAUCUCAUUCCACGGAUACACCUAGAAAAAAAAUCCAUGUCAGUAUAUGUAAUGCAGAAAAUGACCCAAACACUGGAAGAACAUAUUCUCCACAGCUCAAUGUAAUGAAGAGGUCAUAUUGAAAAUGGAAGUAAGGGUGGAGAUGUAGUUGGGAAACAGAUGGCCCACGGAACUCUCUGAUGGAGGGAGGAUUCAAGCAUUGAGAGGGGAGAGGAGGGGAUCCCACACAAGGCAUGAAGAUCCCUCACUAUGAAGACAAAUCCCCAUAACAUUUGGCUUUGAAAACCAGAGUGACAUAACUUCAGAAGUUCUUACUGUCAGUGGGACAGAACUCCUGGAACUGUAAAAAUCAGCCAACUUAGUUCUUGUAGAGUUGGGAGGCAACAGAAAAUUGAGUUGCUGCCCUCAAUGGGGAAAAACAACAGUUUUGCUGAGAUACAGCGGGGAAGCAGCAGUUUGAAAAAUACCUGUGGUAUAUGAAGAGAUUUGUUUACUAAUCUCAGAGUGUGUGCUGGAAGGGCAGGGAUCUUCAGGAGUCUUCUAAGAACAAAAGAGCUGGUGGGCACCAUUUCCAUUCCUGACACUUCAGCCUAGAUACACAGAAACCCAAGUGAGCCAGGGCAGAGCAGGCACUCUCCACCUAACUUGCUAAGAGAAUACCAUGCCCCCAUGCUCUUUUGUGAAUCUGUCCCCUCCAGCCCAGCACCAGAAUGUAUUUGCCAGGGUGGCUGCAAGUUCUCACCUACAGUGGACCUGAAUGGACCUUGAUGGCACCAUGGGCCCUGCCCAAUAUUCCCUUGAAGACCCAAUCUAUCCAACAAGCUGCUGGCAACAGUCCAUCAAAUUGGCACCACAAGAAUGGCAGUGUGCAAGGAGCCCCAACAGCGCAAGAACCAUCCCAAAGUGGCUCCUGACCCAAGAACUGGGGAAGAAACCCACACAUAAUAGUUUGACUGCAUCCCCAACAGCUGGGAUAGGGCAACCAUAUGUACUGACUACAGGCCUUACCCAGCAAUGAAAGCUUCUCAAAAGACAACGCAAGGAGAGCAUCUGUAGUUGGGUGCCACUACAUCUCUGGCAAACACCACAUCUAACAAGACCGAAGUUGCCUUAAACUGGUCCACUAACAACAUAGGGAAAAACUCUGCCCAUGACAGGCCAAGAGAGGCAUGGCAGAUGGCUGGAUUGAA